AGGUGCGGCCGGGAGGGCCGUUUCGCCGCCUGCAUCGCCGCCGCAGGCCAUGUCGCGGAGCGCCGUGUCGUCGCCCUCCGGGGCCGCCGCCGCCCCCUUCCCGCCGCCCCCGCUGCCCCUGCAGCCGCCCUUUGGUCCGGACGCGGGUCCCGGCGGCGGGCAGGCCGAGCUGAAGCCGGUGCGGCGCUUCAUCCCCGACUCGUGGAAGAACUUCUUCAGGGGGAGGCGCGGCCGCGCCUCGGGCUGGGACAGCGCGACGUCCGACAUCAGGUACGUCUCGGACGGGACGCCGUGCUCGCCGCCCGCCUCUCCCGGCCCGCCGCGGGUGCGGCCCGGCUGCUCCGGGGAGGGCUGCGCGGGGUCGGGCGGCAGCUGCCGCUCGCAGGAGGCCGAGGCCAUGCUGCGCGGGGACUCGCUGGGCGCGCCCACCGGCAUGACGUACAGCGAGCAGGUGGAGGCCUACCGGCAGCGCUACGCCUACAUGAAGUCCUGGGCCGGGCUGCUGCGGCUGCUCGGCGUGGCCGAGCUGCUGCUGGGCGCCGCCGUCUUCGCCUGCGUGACCGCCUACGUGCACAAGGACAACGAGUGGUACAACACGUUCGGAUACUCGCAGCCCUACGGCUACGGCACGGGCGCCGCCUACGGCGGCUAUUACUACAGCGGACCCAAAACGCCCUUCAUUCUGGUCGUGGCCGGCGUGGCGUGGAUCGUCACCAUCGUGCUGCUGGUGCUCGGCAUGUCCAUGUACUACCGCACCAUCCUCCUCGACUCCAGCUGGUGGCCGCUGACCGAGUUCGGCAUCAACGUGGCCAUGUUCCUUCUGUACAUGUCCGCUGCCAUCGUGUACGUCAAUGACAUCAACCGAGGGGGGCUCUGCUAUUACCAGCUGUUUAAGACGCCGAUAAAUGCCUCUUUCUGCCGUGUGGAAGGAGGUCAGACGGCAGCGAUCAUCUUCCUGUUUGUCACGGUGCUCAUCUACCUGAUUAGCGCCUUGGUUUCUCUGAAGCUGUGGAGGCACGAAGCAGCCAGGAGGCACAGGGAGCAGAUGGAACAAGAGAUGAAAACACAGUUGUCUUUACCAGACAAAAAGUAUACUGACAGUGAUGACACACCAAGAGAAGAGGUCACUUACAGGCAGCUUAAAUCAAUGGAAAGGAAACCAGAACUACUUAAUGGCCAUAUACCUGCAGGCCACAUUCCCAAACCUAUAGUGAUGCCGGACUAUUUAGCGAAAUACCCAGCAAUUCAAACAAAUGAAAUGCGGGACCGGUAUAAAGCGGUGUUCAAUGAUCAGUUUGCUGAGUACAAAGAACUGUCUGUGGAAGUUCAUGCUGUAUUAAAGAAGUUUAAUGAGCUAGAAGCACUGAUGAGACAACUUCCUCACCAUCCUGGGAGCAUAUAUGAGCAGGAAAGGAUAUCAAAAGUUCUGCAAGAAUACGAGAAGAAGAAAAAUGAUCCUGCAUUUCUGGAGAAAAAGGAGCGUUGUGAAUACCUAAAGAAUAAGCUUUCUCACAUAAAACAACGAAUUCAGGACUAUGAUAAAGUUAUGAACUGGAAAGUACAAAUUUAGCAGUGCCUUGAGCUUGGAUGUAAUAUUUUUCUAGUUUUUAAAUCAAUAAGCAUAUUUUAAAGUAUUUAUUUACUCUCAGAUCUGUACACUUUCAGUGGGGAUAACAGCUGCCCGAUCACUUUGUCACUUCAUUAGAUAUUGUAUUUUACUGAUAAGUUUUAUAUGCAGACUCAAUUAUAAAUCUGUGUAAUGAAGUUGUCAGAUAUAUUUAGAAUAUCAGUGUUAACAUUCUGCUUUUUUUAGACAAUACAUAGCCUGACCUCUUAAUUAAGCAUAGUUUAUUUGAAAAGCUGGGAAGUCGACUAGAGAAGGCAGUUCUAAAUACUGUGUCAAAAAUAUGCGUACCAAUACUGUAAUGAUACAGAUGACAUCUUAAUGGUAUCAGAAGGAGUUGCAUUGUUCUCUGUGACUGGGGUUUGGUGGAGUACUCGAUCAUACUGAGGAGUUUCAGCAGGUAGGAAAUGAGUUUUACAAGAUGGCUGUAUUUUCAAAUACACUGUUGCAUAUAAGAAAUUACUGGGAAUUUUGCCUUAUAAGAAAUGCAGAAUAAGUUCCUAUGUAAGGAGAGAUUGUAUACUGUCUUUUUGUUUUGUUUUUAUGCUCCUCUGUAGAGGUGAUGCAACAAACUUAUAAGUGACCUUAAAAGAAGAGUGGCACUGAGUAAAAGUCACGUGUAGUGUUCCACUAGUGUUGCUGUAGACCAGGGUGAUCUCCGUAUAUUUCUGGGACAUUUCAGUAGGUUUCUAUUGGGUUAAAGAAAGUGUACUCGUUCUCUUUGUCAGCAAGGAACUGGACUUCUUGCUUUAGCCCAGUUUAAGGGUAUGUAAAUGCUGCUGUUUGUGAACUUCUUAUUCAGAGAUUAAGUACAACAAAAUUAAUUCUCAAAGCAUAAAUUAUUAGCCUCUUUUACAAGGCCAGGAAUGUUUUGUUUUCUAGAGUGUAUCUUUAUAAAUUCAAUAUAAAUUUUAAUCUGUCCUGGGGUUGUAGGUUUAUAUAUGCAAAUUUUCACAUAAGCCAGUGAAUUUUCUCUUUUUAUCCUUUUCCACAUCUUUUUUAAAAACUUUUUUUACCUAGUAAAAUUGCCGGAAGCGUUGAUAGUUUCCUUGUACAGUUUUAUAUAAUUACAAAUGGACUAUUUUUCUGAAAUGCAUUUUAGUUUCAUUAAAAAAAAUGAAACAA